UCCAAACAGGCAGAAGUCGAACCGAAGGGCAGUCAUGUUCCUGUACCUCUGUGGCCUGUUGGUGCUCUACUAUGUCUACCGCUGGUUUAAAGAGCUCAGCACCGUCCCAGACAAGGGUAACAAGUAUGUGUACGUGACCGGCUGUGAUUCGGGCUUCGGCAAGCUGCUGGCACAGACACUUGACUCAAGAGGCUUCCGGGUCAUUGCAUCCUGCUACACAGAGAAGGGCGAAGAGGAGCUGAGGAAGAGCUGCUCCGACCGGCUGACCACCCUCCACCUGGACGUGCGCAAGAACGACAGCAUCAAUAAGGCUGCCGCCCUCAUCAAGGACAAAGUUGGAGAUAAAGGUCUAUGGGCAGUGGUCAAUAAUGCUGGUGUGUCUGUUCCUUCGGGCCAGUGUGAUUGGUUGACCAUCGAUGACUACAAGUCCAUGUUGGAUGUCAACCUGAUGGGGGUCAUUGCCGUGACGCUGAGUGUGUUGCCCCUCAUUAAGAAGGCCCAGGGGCGGGUGGUGAAUAUGUCCAGUAUCUUUGGACGGAUUGCACCCACUGGGGGUCCAUACUGUGUCUCCAAAUAUGCAGUGGAGGGCUUUUGUGACAGCCUCAGGUUGAACAUGCAUCCCUUUGGUGUGAAAGUCAUCUGCAUCGAGCCAGGCUUUUUCAAGACUAAUGUGACUGACACCGAGAUCUUGAUGCGUAAUGUUCAGCAGCUGUGGGACAAGCUACCCCAGGAAGUAAAGGAUGAUUAUGGUGAUGACUUUGUUCCCAAAGUGAACAAAGUUAUGGAGGACAAAUUCGCCAAGCUGCCCGAUGCAGACCUGAUGAAGGUGGUCAGCUGCCAGGAGCAUGGCGUCUCGGCAGUGCACCCUCGCAAGCGAUACUCUCCUGGCUGGGACGCCAAGCUCUUCUGGCUACCGCUGUCCUACAUGCCUUCCUGCGUGUCCGACUACCUGCUGCUAAAGGACGCUGUCAAACCAGCCAAAGCUGUCAAUUAGGUCUUGAGCCUUGUUGGGGUUCAGGCAGUUUUAUACUCUGUCCACUAUUACAUAUUUUAAUGUUGCUCUUUUAUAAUACACAUAUUUUACAAACAUAGUAUAUUCUUACCUUUUUUGACAUAACACAGAUACAGGCUCCGAAGGUGUAUCUGGCAAUUAAAUGCAAUUAUGGCGUCAAAUACAUUGUAAGUAUAUACAACACACUCUGUAUGUUAACAUUUGUGUAGAGAUGUUACAUGACAUGACAUGAUCAAAUAAAUUGGACUGGCUCAUAGGA